AUGGCUCUCGACUAUGUGGAAGACGAGGAAAUAUUGGUGGAACAGUUAAAAGAGACGGCCUUUAACAGGUCAUCUUCCUCCGCUGCUGGCAUCGACUGGAAAGUUAUACUAGUCUACGUGCAAUGCUAUUUUGUUUCGAUUGCUACAAUAUUGGGCACAGGCAUCUUGGGGCUGCCUGUAACAUUGGCCCAUGCUGGAUUCUAUCCUUUCCUACUCUCCUUUCUAACUGGAUUCUUAAUGCAAGUUCUCCUCAUCUACCUGUUUGUAGAGCUGCUACAGAAGGCAUAUGCAGUGCUGAACGCUGACAGUGAAGGCUGUAGUGAGGCGGACAACAUAGAGAGUGUUCCCCUACACCCACUACGAGGCGAACUCGGCUCUGAUGAUGAAUUAGAAGACUUACAGAAUGGUGAGAUUCUUGCUGGUCACGUGAUCUUGCCACGUCACGGGGCUUCAGUUAAGCAUCCGAACCUUCACAGCAUCGCUGCGCUCUUCCUCGGAUGCUGCUCCACUCAAGCCUUCGAUGUCAUCAUCCUCAUUCAGUUCGUGUCUUUGCUAACAAGCUACGCUCUGGCUGGCUCUGAAGCUUACGCUGCUGUCAUUGGUAUUGAACAUUUCUACGUGAUUCCUGUCUUUGUCUGGUGUCUGACGGCAUGUGUUGUCUUCGCCCAUCAGAUCAUACAGCCCGUCGUGUCCGUGUUGACCUUGGCCAAGGGUGGGGUGUUGAUCGUCACGGUGAGUGCAGCCCAGUUACCACUGCAGCUUAAAUACUACUGCAGCCUAAUUACUAGUGAAGCUUAA